AUGACUGUGUUUACAAAGCCGAGUAUUAUCGCCAAUAAAGCCGAAAGCUCUAAAACACCAUUAGUUGAGGGAACUGUAUGUCCUGAGGCGAAGAUAGCAGUGCCGACGCCGGCACUGCCGCCGCCGGCACUGCCGCGUCGGCGUCCAGCGCCUUCACCUCUGCGGCAAACAAUGAGAUUGUUCUUUUACUUGAUAAACCUAGCACUGUUGUUCUUGCUGUUAGUUUGUAUGGUUACGUUAUUAUACAUCCGGUUAACUCAGUUUCAUACUGGGAAUCGCUAUCAGGCUUACUGUGCCAUCCCUAUGGAUAUCAAGGAGCUGGAAGCGCUUAAGACUGAUCCGAAUUCUCAAGUGGUGCCGCUACGUUGGUCCUCCGAGCCAGAUGUACAAAUUAUCAGCACCGCUGACGACGGCGCCACUGAGAACUUUGUUAAUAUGCUGCGAGAGGAACUGGAUAUAGAUGGCAUGAUUGAAAAGAUAUCUGUUCUUAACAACGGACAACAAGUCAACUUUAUCCACGAUUUCACUACUAACAUAACCAGCAUCGUCGACGAGGAGCGCUGCUUCAUAAUGGAGCUGGACCGGGAGCUGGUGAUGAUGCCGGAUGCGUUCGUGCUGAACAUCGAGCGCGGGCACGGGUUCGACGUGACGCGCGUGCACACCUCUCUGCGCGCCGUGCUGCCCGCAGUGCGCGAGCCGACCUUGCCGCUGUGCCGCUCGCGUCCCACCUACCGCCUGAGCCGCACCACGCGCAUCGUUCUCAAGCGUUCAGCGGACGAACCGUCUCACGACUACAUGCAUUUCUCUGGCAAGCACAUCCAGGAGAUCGAGAUAGGGAACCUGGGAGAGCUGCUGGAGUACGAGAAGAAAAAUAGCGCUUAA